UCGGGGAGGAGGCGGGAGAGGUGAGAGGCUAAGAUCUGGGCGUCUCAAAAGGCCUUUCUGAGACACCCUGCCCAGCCCGAAGGGAUCUCGCUGUAGCGCGCGCUCCCGAGGAAGUGGCACCUGGGGACGCUUUUCCUGUUUGACCGGUCUUUCCGAGCUCCCGCGGCCGGGCCUCCCAGACCCCCUCGCCUGGGCUUGACCCUUUCUCUAGCUACCCGCGCCUUACCCUCUCCAAUUCGCCUACCACCCCAGGCUUCGGCGAAUCUGCAGCGUGCAUCCCCCUGCGAGCGAGCGCGAGAUGCCGGACUGCAGCCGUCGCCCCUCGGGCCAGCGCGGUGACCGCGGGGGCGCUGUACGCUGCGUGGACCUGCGUCUCCUCCCUGCGUCCCCCGCAGGGGCCACUCCUGCCGGGACCCCGCACCGCAGCUCCAGCGCGCGCGGGCGCGUGGGAGGAGGGACGGAAACAAGGGUGGUGGGGAUGGAGAGGGGGAAAGUGAAGAGAGAGAAGGGAAAGGAGCCGGAGAAAGAGAAAAUUCGGGGAAAAGGAAAGGAGGAGAAAGAUAAAAAGAAGGAGGUGGAGAAGGAGAAAAUUAAGGAAAAAGAAAAGGAGAGGGGGAGGGAGGAGAAAAGUAAGAGUAAAGAGGAAAAGAGGAAAGGGUGGGAGACGGAGAAAGGGAAGGAACAAUUUACGGAAAAAGAAGAGAAAGAGGAGGACAACAGCACGUUGGCAAAGCCCCCGCUGGAGCUGCUGGAGAAAAAUAAACAGAUCCUAGUGCUGGGCCUGGAUGGAGCAGGAAAGACCAGUGUUCUCCACUCUCUAGCUUUAAACAGAGUCCAGCACAGCGUGGCACCAACCCAAGGUUUCCAUGCAGUGUGCAUCAGCACUGAAGACAGCCAGUUGGAGUUCCUGGAGAUUGGUGGCAGCGAACCUUUCCGUUCUUGUUGGGAAAUGUACCUGUCCAAGGGAUUGCUGCUAAUCUUUGUGGUGGAUUCAGCAGAUCACAACAGAUUACCUGAAGCCAAGAAGCACCUUCAUCAACUAAUUGGGACAAAUCCAAUCCUUCCUCUGGUUGUGUUUGCAAACAAACAGGAUCUUGAAGCAGCCUAUCACAUUACAGAUAUCCAUGAAGCUUUGGCAUUAUCUGAGGUGGGAAAUGACAGGAAGAUGUUCUUGUUCGGAACCCAGGUGACUGAGAAUGGCUCAGAGAUACCCUCCAUCAUGCAAGAUGCCAGAGACCUGAUUGCACAGCUGGCUGCAGACAUGCAAUGAUCAGGCCUAGGCCCACUGUGAGGCUCAUGAUUUGAAUGUCACCAGGCAAUGUUUAGUGGCAGGCUGGAAGCCAAAAGUUUCCACUUCCCAAUAAAAAAUAAGGCAUUUCCUAUUUUCUCAA